AUGGUUGAUAUCGAAAGCUAUGUUCCGAUGAUAGACGCUAUACUCAGUGCAUCUAACCCUGACGAAGUGACUCCCAAGCGGAUCAGGAAGGCACUUCAAGAGCUUUUCGGUGUUAAUCUGAACUCUCAGCGGAAGGCCGUAAACCAAUUGAUCGUAGAAAGGUUCCAGGAAGUUCAAUCAAGACCAAAAGUCCUCGUUACACAGGAGGAGCUUCUCAAGAGAGACGAAGCAUUGGCUCAUAGCCUGCAUUUGGAAGAGAAGGCAGCUGCCAAGAAGUCACGAAGUCCCAAAGUGAGGAAGAGCAGAAAGGGCGAACGGAACCCACCAAAGAAUAACAACCUAGUCUCCCGUAAGCUGGAGCUAAUGGAGCCCCUGCGAGGCUUCCUGGGAGAGACAAUGCUGCCAAGAACAGAAGUUGUGAAAAAACUAUGGGACUAUAUCAAGGAGAAUGAACUGCAAAACCCGCAAGACCGUCGUGAGAUCAUAUGCGAUAGUCAAAUGGAGCCCAUAUUCGGAAAAAAGAUGACUAUGUUCUCGAUGAACAAGCUUCUGUCCAAAUAUCUAAAGAAUCCAGAAAACGACGCUACGAAUCCUAUCAAGGAGGAUCCUUCGAGCGGUAACGAAGAUUUAGCAGAAGCUAAUUCUUCUGGGGAGGAUUCAAGAGAUUGA